AUGAUAAAAGAAGCAAAUACAUAUACUUCAGUGAAUCCUGCUCCGAUCCAGCAGAUGUAUAAUUACUCAUCUACCAGGCCAGCCAUAGCCGCGGCUCUGUCAUCUGUGGCCCACACCCCCAUAGGCCAGCCUCACCAAAGGCGAUCUGCCCCUCAGACAAGUCAGCCCGCCUCCUCCAUCUUUAACAUGUCUUCAGGCCAGCCAUGCUCAUUUAAACUGUUAGAGAAGACAGCCCAUUCAGAUGCUUUGCAUGCUCCUGUUGAUGAUAACAAGCAGAGAUCUGUGCAGACCCUAAUGGCAUCGAUGAGCCCUAAAGCAAAGAACGAUCAAUUUCCUCUCAGCAACAUGUCACCGCUGCCAAAUCUCAUGCUGUUCGGAGAUGACAGCUUACCUGGCACCCACAGCGUGAUGGGGCUAACAAAAGAAAUAUUGAGGGCCAACUCUGACAGUGAAUGUGCAAAUAGCGGAAGUGGCCAUUCGGAGUCCUUGUUAGGGACUGUUGCGGAGGAAAAUGAAACUGAGGAGAAUGACAGUGUGCUAAAGAUGUUGACCGUGGGAGUUACAAAGCAGAUGGCAGAGAGCAAAGAUGAAAAGAACAGGUCCCCUUUUAUAGCACAAACCAUUGACAGGAGUAAACACCAUGCUAGUUCCACUGAGGACCUCCACUAUUUGUCUGUAUUACAGACUGGGAAACAAGCAGUAAAAAACACUAAUGAUGACAAGCGCAAUGACCUGUUCAAUGCAGAUGGCAGUGAUGACACAAAUAAUACAGUGAAAACUACCCUUGAGAAUAAUCCUCUUUCCCAGUUAGAUUAUAAUGAAACAAGCGCUCAGCCCAUCAUGUCUGCAAUUCAAAGCACUCACAAGACUGAGCAGGCAAUAGAUGAGGAUUUUGUGCCUGAUACGAAUGAUUUUGCUUCACUUGUGCUCGACACAAAUGAUCGAACUGGCACCACCGCAUUUGUUGAGUCAGAUAGUCUGCCCAAAAUACAGGCUAAUGAUGUGACGAGUAUUGCUGUUUCUGAUAGGGAUCUUCAUGCAACUGAAAAGCCACAUGAUCCUUUCACACCACAGGCCACUGCGGGUGACAACACUCCCCCUGUCGCACAAAUUCAUUUAGGAAGUCACCUUAAAGUCCACAAUAUAUCCACACAGCAAAUUGGUGACCGGAUUAUUAACGUCACUUCUGAAUUUCAGAUAAGCGCUGCUAAAACCAAAGAUUUUUUGUCUCUGGCACCAACUGCUAGCGCAAGCGGUCUCAUUGUCUCCACAGAAGCUCAUGAAUCAGCGCUGACUACUAGUGAGAGUGUGCAAUUUGUUAUUACAAAGUCAUCUCAGGCUGCACAAGCUGAACGUAUGGUACAGUCCAAUAGUCAUAAUGAGCAUUUGUCACUGAGAGAGCCUCCCACAACUGCCACUACUGGCAAACCCCCCCCUGCUGUGAGAAGAAGAAACACAACAGAAAGCCAGAGUGUAGAGCAGUCUGUGCGUGAAAUUUCUGUACAGGUGAUUGAACAAAACCAGCAUGUCCCGCCUGGUAUGCUCGCAAUAACACGCCCUACUAAUGAUCCGGGGAAGAGUGUUCAAGGUUUGUUAAAAGCUGGCCACAGAGCUAAAGGGGUACAUGACACGACGUCUACUACGGUGACAAGAGUUGAAAAUUCAUCAUUUAAAGAUAUCACAACACUGACAACAAGGAGUGCUUUUGAAUCUAAACAUCCUCAAUAUGAGAUGACUCCUACAGUACAUAGGUUGGACAGAGCAGACCAACAUAAGAAGCAAGCCUUACCUGAAACGAUACUUGGGGCUGUCAUUGAUUCUGUACCACCUAAGGGGAUCUUGCCUACAGAGACAAGCAUGACAACAGAAACAAUUGGAACAGGCGAGAUUGAUCAUAUCGCUCUAGAGACAAUGUAUAAAACACAGGCCGGAAACACAGCAGGAGAUCAUUUAAAUGCAGUGCACAGUCCUGACACAAAACCAGAAAAUGUCAACCGUAGCACUGACCGUCCUGUACCUGGAAAGGCUACACCACAGGCCACCAACAUCGACAAUGCAGUGCUUUCACCAGCCACCAGUAAGUCUGACCAUGACCACGCCACUGUUGAUGAGACUACGUCAGAAAAGGCCAAGAGUAUGACAGUUGAAACAUGGAGAGUACUUGUUGAAACUGAUCAUUUGGAGAGGAGUGGGGAACUUGUAGAGAAAACAAUUCAAAUACACUCUCACAGACAGACCUCUAAAGCUCAGGAGGCUGUUGCAACAGAGGUCACUUUAUCUGAAGUUGAAGCAACUACUGCACAUAGCACUGGAAAGACUGCGGAGUGGACACUGCUCACUGAAAAUAAUAUAAAAACACAAUUAAAUAGAGGAGCAGCCAGAGCUGAGAUAUUUAAGGCACAAAAUGCCACAAGGUCAGCGCGUGCUGUGGCUCAAGAAGAGCCAGGAGAAGAAAAGUCUGGGCGCAGGCUGUUGCUGCUGGAGCCAGAGUCUGAGUCAGAGCUGCCAAGGCUCAAACACAGGAGAAAGACCUCACCUCAUCUUUAUCUCUCUGGUGUAACGGAAGUUUCAGAUGACCUGUGUGGCAGUGGGAACUACACAGCAGAGAUGAGUCUGAACCUGGGUGGAGGUGUAGAGCCUGGGGAUUCUGUGCCCGCCCUGGGGAACCUCCGAGUGGUUAUCAACCUGAAGACAAACAACAGUCGGGUAAACCUCGAGGUCACCUCAUGUUGCCUGUCCCCAACCAUCCAGCCUGACCUCAGCAACUCUACCUGCUGCCUUUUCUCCAGGUUAGCAGCAGAGCCAGCGGGGAUCACACUGCUGCCCAGUUCCCUGUCAACCAGUGCCAGCUUCACCAUCAGUCUCUUCCAAAGGAUUAAUUACUCCGUAGUGUACCUACACUGUGAUCUCAGUGUCUGCCUGAAGAACCAAUCUGACUGUGAAAGGCAGUGCCUUCAGCAGAGGAGUGCAUUUUCCUUAGGGGGUCCAGAGGCUGUUGUUACCAAUCUCAGGAAUCGAAUAUCAUUUGGUCCCAUGUUGAAAGAAGUGAACAAUUCUACCUUCCCAGGGGAGAUAGACCCAUCAGAGCUGGACCUGGUUCUGGUCAUUGUCAGCCUGGCGGUUGGCUCCUCUCUUGUCACAGUGAUGCUGCUGCUGGUGUGGCUGGCCUACCGUCGCCGGGCAAUCUGGCUGCUCCACUCGGCAGCUCCACCACGGGCCUGCUGUGGCUGUCUGCGCCCAGGAGGCCCACAGCUAUGCAGUUGAGCUUAACACACUUCCAAUAGAGGUUGAAUGCAGCAGUUGGCCUUGGUGGAUUUCACUGGUAGCAAUUGUAAAACUGGGAAAAGAGUC